AGUACUUGUUAGAAAACCUGCUCCAGACAAACCAGCACGCGCCGGCUUUCCUAACAUUCUAGAAUCCCGAAGGAUGUCUGCACUUCCUGCAAAGCCUGGCCUGCGCCACAGUGUAUCAGAGUGGCACAGCAACAACCACCAGCUGUCUGCCACAGCACAACAUGAGCGACAUGUUUCAAAUAUGAUUCGACAGGAAGGGAGGUCCCUACGCAACGAGACCAACUGCAAGACAACCUGGGAUGAAAGCGAUACCUCUCGCAGGUUGAGUGACCGGGUGUGGGAUGUUGCUCGGUGGAAAGAGGCGUUAGAAACCUGCGCACAGAAAGUGGAUGAAGAGAUGGAGGCUCUGACCGUGUCUAAAGAGCAAACCGAGCAGGCCCUGGCUGCCACUGCUGUUCCCCUGGAGGUCAGUAGUGAAUGCUUGACCCUGAGGGACGGACGACGAGGUUACGAGCUUGUCACUGACCCCGUGGAUGAGCAGCUGAAAAAAGAAGUGGAGCUGAUUGAAAGAGUGCAGCAAGUUCUGCAGCAAAACAUAGACAAAGCCUUCGAGCAACUGUGUGUUUUGCAGGAAGUUCGGCAUCAGCUGACAGCUGACCUCCAGAACAAGAUGGACGCGCUGGACAUUGAUAUGUCCUGCCUGUCACUUACAAUAAAGUCACCUCAGAUCUCGCUGAAGACCAACCCAACUCGCAUACCAUCCGGUUCCUCCACCCCCCAAGAGUGGCUCCAGUUCAGCCAGUAUAAUGUGGCUCGUGCCCAGGAGGCCAUGCAGGUGUCACAGCAAAAGAGGGAAGACAUGAGUCUCACCAGAGCUCAGCUGCAGAAUGAGUUGAACACUCAGCUCAGGGCCACAGAGUUUGCUCUUCGUAAGCGUCACCACCAUGAAGAGCAGGCCCGCGAUGAGCUGGAGUGGCAAAUAAGAAAUACUGAAGAUGAAAUGGCAGAAAUGGAGAGCGACAUCCACGGGUUGGAUACAGAUCUGCAGGCAAAGACAGCCUCCCUCAAGCUGGCUCACACCAGACUGGAGAACAGGACCAACAGACCUGGCAUGGACCUGUGCAGAGACGAGGUGCAGCACGGCCUCGUUAAUGAAGUCAAUCAGCUGGAGGCCACGAUCAUGGCUCUGAAACAGAAGCUGUCUGAGGCUCAGCACUCCCUGCAGAAGAUGAAGCUCCAUCACUCUCGCAUGCUGCAAGAUCUUUCCAGAAAACAGGAAGCUCUGUCUCUGGAACAACGAAGCAUGAACACCCGGACCCGCCUCACAUCCACCUCCGGCACUGAUAAAACCCCGGUGCUGAUGGUCCCGCUCACAAACUCCAGCGGGAGGAGCCACCUGCAGCUGCUGGCUCAGUAAGGCAAUGGUAUCCAGUUUUUGAAGGGAAGGGAUGAAACAACAAAUGUAUUAGGAUGAUUCAUUAAUUUUAGCUUUGAACAAAACAUUUUCUUGUAUUUUCAUUUAUUUAUUUUAACAAGAACUGUCAUCCUCUUGCAAAAAAUAUUCUCGUAGACCUUCUUACAUGUGGUUAAUAUGCUUUUACUUGUCUUAAAUGAUCAAUUAUGUGAUUUACCUGUGUCUAUUUAACUUUCACAAAAAAACAUCUAAAUUAUGUAUAAAAUGUCAAUUAUGUGCUUGUUUCCUGCAGUCUUAAUUAAAGAUGUAUUCAUAAAGAUUGUUUUAGCAUCUGAAACUAUUGAUCCAUUUGAGGUUUUCCUUUUUGAAAAUUUAGUGAUUGAAUGCAAAAAUUCCCAAGUGGAAGUGCUCACGUGCUCACAUGUGUGUUAAGGUCAUUACUUUUAUCGACCAUUAGCUUUAAUGGCUUUGUUUGGCCUCGUCAUAUUGUUUGAUCAACUGAUGCUGUUUGGAGCAUGAAGAUGGUGCUAAUGACGUGAACCUUGACUCAUGCAGUAUACGCGGUUAAGAUAAAAAAUCGGAUAAACAGGUACUAAACAUGGUGCCUGAGACAAUAAAACCCUAGUAACUCUCA